AUGACAUCAUUACCAGGUCAUCGUGCUGAGGGAAUAACAGAAAACUUCUCGCCCAUCGACAUUGACGUGACUACGUGGACCGCGACCUUGAAACGUUCACACACCACCAACUCGAGAUCCCUUGCUCAUUCUCGAGAGCCAAGUUCGAAUCAGUCUUUCUUCGCAGUACUCAAGGCCGCUUUUUCGGAGUCGCCUUCUCAGCCCGCCAAUUUAUCGCCGCGACUUCACACUGGUAAUACGAGAGGGGGGUCAAUAGAUGCAGAUGCGAAAAGUCAUCACCGAAACACCAGCAUCGUUAAUGGCAUACAGCGGUCCAGGAAUGGGAGCUUUGAGAGUUCAUCUACUAGCCCGCUGAGCCCGCAGACAAUCGCUGCUGCAGGUGGAGAUUGGGCAGAUGCAUCGGUCAUGGGCGAUUCAAAUUUCUCCUCCGGCGCAUCCAGUAUGACCAGCGGCACUUCUUUUAGUUCGAAUACAACUUUCGUACCUUCCCGAAGUCCUUCAGCUGCCGAAAAUGCGCCAUCAGGCAGUACGCAGAGAACUAUGGAGCGGGGAAAUAGUAACAGUGGAAGGAGUCGGAGAAAUCAUGCGCAUCAUCAUUCCCACUCAAGACAUCACAACGAGCUGAAAACUGUCGGGGAAUAUGCUCUGCAUGUCUUGUUCACCUCAUUUAUUGCCCAAGCAGAGGAAAAGAUCUCACGGUGCGUUACUCUACCACUGGACCCAGAACCUCAGAUAGAACAUAUAUGCGGAACAGAAGUGGAUCCAGCAUUUGAUCAACUGAUCUCCGCUCUGGGUCACAUUGCAAGCCAAAAACCCAAGCCUCUCAUCGAUUCAAUGAUGUUAUGGCGGAAGGGCAAGAGUGAUGCUGCCAAUGAGGCUAGGAUUCAGCUGCAACAGUUUCGAGGUAACUUACCUUCAGGCCAAUUCCCUCGAAGGAACACCGAGCCUCCUCAUGUUCAGCAAGACGAUUUGAUGGCCGGUCUGCCAAAUAUAGCUGCACGCCAAGAGUUUGUCGCUCAAGCAGAACGUCGAUCAACAGCUUCAAUUUUUAUACUGUGCCGAGUCUUGAUGGAAGUCAUUGGGCAAAGUACCUUGGCUCGUAUAACACCCGAGAUGGAAGAAAAGCUGGAAGGUAUCAUUUUUGGACAACUGAAAAUUGCCGACGCAGAUCAACUCAACACCUCGCCUCUCAAGAUGGCCAACUGGUUCUUGUUUAGUCAAUUGCUGGGUGUCAUGGCGGAGAUUAAUUUUGACAGCGUCACUGAUCGUUUCAUAGCGGAUCUCGAGAAGUCACAGAACGAUCUAGUGAUCAAAGGUCCAGUGAAUAGAGAUAUAGAAGGGCGAAUGGUUUUAGUCCUCGGCGGUAUGAAGCACAUUCGUCUUAAAGCAUAUCCUGAGAAUGCGUGGGACCAGUCUUGCGACUUCAUGAUAUCUCUUGGUCGAUUCUUUUCACAGUCACACGGGCAACAGCUUAAAUAUGCCUAUUGCAUGGCACUCGAUAUACUUCUUCUGCCAAUCGCUGCCACAGCAAAUACGGAACUCAAUAUGCCGAAGUGGACUGAAGUACUGGCAACUAUAGGUCCCAGACUAGCUUCGAUGUUUAUCAAGCCUCGUCACUGGACUGUUGCAUUUCCAUUGACAUCGACCCUACUUUGUGUGUCUCCUACAGAUACCUUUUCUACGCAAUGGCUUCAGCUAGUCUUACCCCUCCAGGCAAAAAUGAAGGAACCAAGAACCAGACCAAUUUGCCUACAAGUGAUUUCGAGACUUCUUUGGACAUAUUUGCAUCGUACAACAGAUACCACAAACAGCACAAUCAAGAAGCUCGAAGAUGUUAUGAAAAUUGUACUACCUCCCGGUAGAAAGUCUUAUAUUUCGACGGAAUUCUCGACCAUCGAACCGUUGAUCCAGAUUAUACGCAUCAUUGGCUUCAAGUAUCAGGAUUUCUGUUUCCGGACUAUAGUAUUCCCCUUAAUUAACGCAGAUUUGUUCGCUUCUGGGAGGGAACUCAAAGUCGAGCAAUUAGAACCCGAUAAAAUGGUUGUGGGAAUUCGAGCUUUCCUUGCCAUCAUGUCAGAUCUAGAAAAAGGUGAACAAGGUUGUCCACCAUUUCCACAACACUACUCGCCGUUGCCGGUGUUUGAGAGAAUACCGGCAUCGCCCAUAAUGACAGGGCCUCGCAGCCCAAAUACCCCCUCUGUGGUAGUCCCCAAUCGCGAAGAUCGGCUUUCGCGCCCUGUGAUCACUAAUACACUUAGUGAUGUAGCCAAGGAAUAUUACUCAAAGUUUUGUGAGAUUCUAGGCAAAAUUACUAUCAUUUGCGACAAUACUUUUGGAGGUCAAGCCGUAUUGGACGAGAAGUUCAAUGGACCCAUACCUAAAACACCACUUGCUGAAAGUUUCAACUUCCGGCGAGACGACCACCUAGCUCCAUCAGAGCAAAAGCAGGGAUUCUAUGAGCUGCUGCAUGUUGCAGUACAAGCAUUACCUCGGUGUCUAUCGGCUGACAUACCCUUCAACAUCCUUGUGAACCUCCUUUGUACCGGCACUGCUCACGUGCAAUUUAACAUAGCGGAGUCGUCAGCGCAAUCUCUGAAGUCAAUUGCUAGGCAAUCUCACGCUCAGCCCGUUACUAUUGGAUUUGCACGUUUCAUAUUUAAUUUUGAUGAUAGAUAUUCUACCAUGUCUGAUGGCGGUAUGCUUGGUCCAGGACACAUCGAGAGCACGCUAAAGCUCUAUGUGGAGUUACUUCAAAUCUGGAUCGAGGAGAUCAAAAACAAGAUGAAAGAGGCUGCCUUAGAUAUGUUCGAAGAUGGAUCUGCUGAUAAAAGAGGGGUACAACUAGAUCUCUCUGGGAUUUGGGCACAUGUUGAUGAAGUCGAAUCACAUGGCUUAUUCUUUUUAUGUUCUCAGUCAAGACGAGUGCGUGCCUUCGCAGUCACGGUUCUGCGUCUCAUUACGGAGUUCGACACUGCCUUGGGUAAGGACAAUGGCCGAUUGAUACACAUUCUCGAAGGUGAUGCGAAGGGAGUCAUGGAUUUCAAUGACGAAAACUUGUCUGUUGCAGAACGUAGUAGAUUACAACGGGGCUUACAAAAGACAGAUCUCACUGGGAGGAAUGAGAGCGAUUUGAUUGAGCUUUGCAGUAGCGACGUCUCAUAUGACACGACUUUGUGGUUCAAAAUCUUUCCGAAUCUGAUACGAAUUAGUUACGAUCGUUGUCCAUUCGCUGUCACACUGGGACGAGAACUAAUAUGCAAUCGAAUUCUUCAGAUGUAUCGAGGCAUCGUUGUCUUGUCGGAAGCAAAUCGCGGCCCACAAUAUGGCUAUGAUACUGGUAGCGGCCGCUUAUUGUCAAGAUCCUCAACAACUCCACCAGAAGUGCUGAUCGAACAGUGGAAACUUUAUCUUAUUGUUGCAUGUACAACUCUCUCGGACAAGGGUGGCCAGCAGCAGUCAUCGCCGCAAACAGCGCAGCACUAUCGAAAAGGGUCAAAGCCAAACCAGGCAUUGGAGAAAAUCACAUCCGCAAGGAUUCUUUUCAAAUAUCUUAUCCCAUUACUCUCAGUGGGACCGGCUUCAAUUCGAGAUGCAGUCGUUGUGGCGCUAGGAUCGAUCAACGUCAAUAUUUACAAAACGUUAUUAGAAGAACUACAAGGCGUAGUAAGUCGGUGUAACGAUGAUGCACGGGCUCGAAUUCAUCAACGAAGUGCCAGCAGCCCCAGGCGAAAUAGGAGGACCGAUCUGCUAAGAACUGAGGUCACCCAUGUCUAUAAGUUAACAUCUUUAUUCUUAAAACAGCCAGAUGUUUAUGAUGAUGACUGGAUUCUAAAUAACCUUGUCAUAUACACAAAAGACCUCAAAAUUUUCCUGAUGGACGGAGAAGUCCAGUUGGAUUGGGAGUUCCAAAAGCUCCGCCGUCACUACUGUGGACUAAUGGAGGAGCUUUUCGAAGGUAUCAACCUUACUAAAGACCCGUCUCGAUGGAUGACAUUCGAGUCUAGAAAGUCUUCCUUUGCUCUUAUGGAGGAUUGGUGCGGUUAUUCCCCCAAUCAAAACCAAAUACGACAGCGAGAGGAUAAUAUGAGACAGUCCAUGAUCAACCAGCAAUCACUUGGUGAACGGGGCGUUGUGACAGCUGCUAUGGAAAUUGAGAAAAGGAACCUUCGAACCGCAGCUCUUAGCGCAAUGGCUGCAUUAUGUGGAGGCCGUGUCAGUAUAACAACGGAAAGUGGAGCCAACCUACAAUUCGACAUACGACGUAUGCUUUCAUGGGUGGAAACAAUUUUCAACACUGGCAGUGAUCGAAUGCAUGUUAUCGGACGACGAGCUUUGAAGAACUUGAUAGUACACAACAAGGAGUUUCCCUACUUACUAGAGCAUUCUAUCACUAGAUGCUAUCUUGCGGAGGCGGCCAAAGUACUUCAAAGUUAUUUUGGAGUUGUAACUGAGGUACUCCUUGAGUACCCAGACUACCCAAUGCCUUUCUGGAGAUUGCUAGGAAUAGGACUUUAUACCCUUGGAAGUGAGUUGAGCGACAUCCGAAUCAAAUCUGCUCGUAUACUACGUGCUUUGGAGGAGAGACAGCAACGAAGUUCUAAAAUUCAGGACUUUGAUAUCAGUAUUUCAGAUAAAACAAAGGCGGUAUACAAGCUCGCUCAAUUCGAAAUCUCCAAGCGAUUGUCAGCUAAUCACUCCGAAUUGGCAUUUCUCAUCUUCUCAGAGUUCACUAUGUACUUCAAAGAACUGCAGGCGGGGCCACAAAGGAAUAUGGUUGCUGCCAUUCUGCCGUGGAUUCAAAUCAUAGAAUUACAAAUUGACCCGAAUGGUGGACCAACUGCGCAAUCGUAUGUCCUACUAGCAAACUUGUUUGAGAUAACAAUCAGAUGCAGCAGCACUCUUCACAACGAGGUACAGGCCCUAUGGCAAGCGCUUGCCACAGGCCCACAUGCUGGAAAUGUCCAAUUAGUACUAGAUUUUAUUAUGUCGUUAUGUCUCGACAGGCGGGAACAGAAUUUUGUUGAGUAUGCAAAGCAAAUCGUGGUGUUCUUGUCCAGUACUCCCGCUGGUGGUAAAGUCGUGGAAUUUUUAUUGAUGCAGAUCACGCCGAAAGCUAUGGUCCCCAAUGAGAAACGAGAGUUUUUACCACCUCCGCCUGAUGUUGGAAAACUACCAUAUAUGGCAGAACUAUCGGAGGCGUUGCCAAUUGGGAAUAAACAAACAGGGCUUUCCUUGGGACAACUGUCUCUUAUAUUACUUGUCGAUUUAAUGGUAUCACCCGUUCAACUUGUGGCAGACAACAUCCCCCUUCUUCUGCAAGUAGUAACUGUCCUCUGGGAUCACUACAUACCACUGGUACAAGAACAAGCCCGAGAAAUGUUAAUCCAUCUGAUCCAUGAGCUGGUUAUUUCUCAGAUUGAUGACGAGAUUACCACCCCCAGCAAAAGUUCUAUCGAAGAUUUUAUCGAAUCCAUUCGCUGCCACGACCCUGAAGUUAUUUGGCAUUACGACGACAACAGUGGCAAAGUGUAUGAUCAAGAAAAUAAAGUUCCCGCCGGUAUGGAACUUCUUACCAGUGAAGUAGUUAGAGACUUCGAAGUGAAAUACCCCGGCAUACAAGAACAGUGGGCUAAACUAUCACUGACUUGGGCAACGUCUUGCCCUGUUCGUCACCUUGCCUGUCGAUCAUUCCAGAUCUUCCGAUGUACCCUUACUUCACUAGAUCAGCCUAUGCUUGCCGACAUGUUGAUAAGACUUUCAAAUACAAUUGCUGACUUGGAAAAUUCUACCCAAUUGUUUUCCAUCGAGAUACUUACGACACUACGGACACUUAUUCGUAAACUUGAGCCUGCUGACUUGCUUACUUUCCCUCAACUAUUCUGGACAACAUGCGCUUGCCUGGACACGAUAAAUGAACAAGAGUUCUUAGAAGCUAGUCAUAUGCUCGAAGAGCUUCUAGCAAAACUCGACUUGGAUGACCCUUCCGUGAGAGAUGUGCUUGUCGAAGGACGACCUACAAGCUGGGAAGGUUCCUUUGGGGGAGUUCAAGCAUUGGUUUACAAGGGUGUUCGCUCAUCUGCCUGUCUUGAUAUGACUCUCGUCACUCUCAACAAGCUCGUCAAACUGCCGAGUGAUGAGCUCAUUGGGGACGACAGUCGAUUAAUAUUUGCAGUGCUGGCUAAUUUCCCUGGCUUUUUAAAUGCCAUGGAUCAAGCAAACAUCGACCAGAAGAGCAUAGAGACGGCCUUGAUUCUCGCGGAGGUUGCAAAAAAUCAAGGCUUUGGUACUAUUUCCCGGGCUCUCAGUGGAUUUGCUGCAUCACGUUACCGUUCAAGCAAAGAUUUCUUGGCUCAAUUGGUUUCUGCGCUCCGCGAAUCGUUCUUCCCACAGUGGGAAUUCCGUAGUCUGACAUUUAUCAUGGGCUCGCUGACAAACAGUAUAUCAUGGUUCAAAUCAAAAACAAUGCUCAUACUAUGUGCUAUCAUCCCUGACAUCGACAUGACAAAGCCGGAAAUUGCUUCUCAUGGUCCUGACCUUAUCUCGCCUCUUCUAAGAUUACUCCAAACAGAAUUUUGCAUGGAAGCCCUAGAAGUACUAGAUCAAAUAAUGACAGUGACAGGAACCCCAAUGGACAAACAUCACUUACGUAUGAGCAUGACGAGAUCUUCUUCGAGAGCGAUGAGGAGGGAAUAUGAUAACACUCAAAGCCUCUUCGGUAUCCCAGAGGAGUCUGGCUGGUCCAUUCCAAUGCCUGCAAAACAGGCGAGCAUCACAAGAUCUAAUGUGCAUGCCGUGUUCUAUAUGUGUCAAAGCACUAAGAAUAUGAACGAUGAAGUCGCCGCAACUCCAGAUGUCGAGUUUCAUGUGGAUGACUUUCAAUACGGGUACUUUCCACCGCCUGAGAGAACUGAGACUAUGAUGUCGGAUGAAGCUCGAGGCGAUGGAAAUAUUGGCGACCUCAUGAUGAGGCUGGACAGCCUUGACGAUUUCUUUGAAGACAGUUUGCAAAGUCCCACUAGCGAUGGCCGGUCCUCAAGAACAAUUACAGAAGUUGGAUUUUCGGGCGAAAGCUUCGACUCUGGUGCUGCUCAAUUAUAUGACGAGCAAACUCUGCCCAUUCUUCAUCAGUCACUUACUCAUUCAGCGACCAAUUCUACCUUUCAAAAUGGCUUCGCUGAUCUACGACCACCUCGAGAGUCAAAUAACGCCAUGACUCCGGCCGCUUUCAAUCUCGUCCCUACCUCUAAACCGAGCUUACACGCUCGUGCUCUGACAUCACCUUCAACUUCUUCGAGUCAUCCAAGCACGACCUACAUGUCAGAUGAUGACUUCAGUGAAGAUGUUUUCUCGGAUGGCGAAGAGGACCUGCACAGUACAAGAACAUCCGGAGAAGGAUCAUUCCUUCUGGAGAACAUGAUCAAACCUCUCGCAGCCAGCACUCGGCUGGGCAUGCGACGACUGACGGGCGGCCGAUCACGCGACAGUGAACGUUUCCGAGAUAGCCUACGAGCGGAAACGAGAAAUAUUUCGCAACCUCCUCGAUCACCACGGGUACCAAACAUACCUACCGCAUAUCUUCAGUCGCAGAAAUCUUUGGGCCCAGAAGAGGGUAUGUAA